GCGGAGCUGCCCGAGAACGGGGUGCUCAGCAUCUCGAGCCGCCACCGCCCGGGCGCGAGGCUCUACCUCCGCGUGCGCCCGGGGGUCUUCUCCCCGGCCGUGCGCGGCGUCAGCAUCCUGCGCUCCAUCGCGGACGCGGCCCUGCUGGCGGACAAGGAGGCGGAGCUGUGCGAGGUGGGGGAGGAGGAUCGAGGCCGAGCUGGACCAGGUCGUCAUCGUCAUCGGCGAUCGCUACUUCUCCAAGCGCGACAUCUGCAUCCACCUGGCCAUGAUGCAGCGCGGCGCGAAGCUGCUCUACUCGGGCUUCCGCCGCAACCUCUGGCCGCAGUGCGAGCGCAGCCGCGUCGAGCGCCCCGCCGCUGGGCCGCAGAGCGCCCAGCUGCCGGUGCUGGGGGGCCGCGUGAGCCCGCGGACUCAGGUCAUCUUCAAGUCCUGGAGCGUCAGCCUGUUCGUGUUGAUACAGGUGAGCGCGGAGCUGUGGUCCUUCGCCCUCUCGGGGCGUCCCUACUGGGAGCAGCUGCUGGAGUGCUUCUCGCAGCUGCUGGAGAAGUCCUUGAGGGUGCAGGGCUCCGCCGGCCACGGCCACUACGUCCGCAUGCUGCUCUUCUGGCGCGAGCGGCGCGGCCCCAGCGGGCCGGGCGCGGACGCCCGCGAGGAGGAGAGGCGCCGCUCCCCGAGGCGGGCGCCGGGCAGGGCGACUGCUACGACGUGUUCUGGGAGGGCUUCGCGAAGGCCAUGCCCCCCGCCCAGCAGCUCGUGGCCCGCGUGCGCAGGUUCUGCAUGCAGCUCCACGAGCGCGGCCUCCGUGGCGCCCGCGGGGGCGGGCAGUACCGCGCGGCUCCCCAGGUGGUCGAGGCCAGCCGUGGCAACGUGCUCGAGUGCCUCAACAUUGUGCUGGACCUGGACCACCUGGACUACCACCACCUCGACCGCAUGCUGCGCACCACCGG